CCAGCGCCGACGCGUCUUGAGUCCUGGAGCUUGAAGAAGAGCAACAAGAGCGGCUGCACUAGGAUGCUGAGCCCGUCGCUCGACUCGCCUCAACGGCCAUUUGCGGCUUUGGCUGGACCAUCGUCGGCCCACCCGCCUCGAGUGGUACAGAAGUGUGUGGCUCGUGUCAAGGGAACGAGCCGAGGAGCCAUCUAUACCCUCUAUUUGCGCCUCGCACUACCUCCCUCGACAACGACGCAGACGUUUCCCUUGCUGCCCGAUGACCAGGUCAAGCUCCGCUCCUCGGCCGUAUACGCCGUCAGACCAGGCUCAGAUCCGCAAGGCUCAAAAGAGACGAGCCAGGGCUUCAAAAGGGCUGCGUCCAUUUUAGGGCUCCAGACUGGCAUUCAUGCUGACGACUUUACAGUCGACGCGGCGGCUUCGACGGCCGAGACGAAGCCGCGGAUCACUACGUCCAACUUCCACAUCUCGCUCGUACAGCCUCCGGUCUCAGCUGCAUCAACAGUCAAGCAGAUUCGCCUCGUCGUUCUCCAGCUCGAGGUUGGCCUGGUAGCCGUGCCCCCCACCUCUCCCUUUAUUGUGAGUCGUGGCCAAGAAGACACUGGCCCUACGUUCACUGAUGUGGAUUCCGUCCUCUCUUAAGGUCAUGCUACCGACACCGCGCUGUCUCAACAACCGCCUGCACUUUGAUCUCGAGACUAAGGGAGAGGAUGACGACGCGUUUGCGGACGGCGUCGUGGUCGAAGUCGACCCGCCGCUGGUCCCUCGCUCCCGCUCCGAGGAAAGCGCGGAAAAGAGAGCAGAGAAGUCGCAAGAGGGCGAUGGCAACGCAGGAGAUCUCACAGUGGUAUCAGGACCUUUUCCAUCGACCGACAAGGUGUUGAUAAGGUGGGCAUCGCCAUCUGCCGCUGCUUCUUCUACCUCGGUAGCAGGAUUGCAUUCCUUGCGCGGAACUCGCCUGAGAAGUUCGCUCGACAUGCGCUUCGUGGGUAUGGAUGACGAGG